GCCGGGACCAGCUGGACCUGCCCUUCUAUUCCUUCUAUUCCUGCAUCAACACUCGAGCUGCUGGACGCACCACACGCAGCUGGAACCGCUACUUCACCACAGAACAUCAUGGGCAACGUUCACCCCACGAUAGUCCCCUGUGAGGACUUUGACGUCACGGCUGACAUAAAAGCUCUUCGAAAAGCAUGUAAAGGUUUAGGAACGGAUGAAGAGGCCAUCACCCAGAUCCUGGCCAACCGCUGUGCGGCUCAGCGCGUGGAAAUCAAACAGGCUUAUUUCGAAAAGUAUGACGACGAGCUGGAGGAGGUCCUGAGGAAGGAGCUGUCGGGGAGCUUUGAGAAGGCCGUGGUGGCCAUGCUGGACGCCCCCCAGGUCUUCUCCGCCAAGGAGCUCCGGAAGGCCAUGAAGGGGGCGGGCACGGACGAGGCCGUGCUGGUGGAGAUCCUCUGCACCGCCACCAAUCAGGACAUCCUGAGCUACAAGGACGCGUAUAUCCGGGUGCACGACCGCGACCUGGAGGCGGACAUCGAGGGCGACACCAGCGGGGACGUGAGGAACCUGCUGGUCUCGCUGCUGCAGGCCGGCAGGGAUGAGGGAUACGAGGUGGACGAGGGCUUAGCGGAGCAAGAUGCUCAGUCCUUGUUUGAGGCAGGAGAGGGACGCUUCGGCACGGACGAGUCCACCUUCACCUACAUCCUGACCCACAGGAACUACCUGCAGCUGCAGGCCACCUUCAAGGCCUACGAGUCGCUUUCAGGAACAGACAUCUUGGACACCGUCGACUCCGAGGCCACGGGGACUCUCAAGGAGUGCUACAUCACUCUGGUGCGGUGCGCUAAGAACCCGCAGUUGUACUUUGCACGGCGCCUUAACGCUUCAAUGAAGGGUGUGGGCACGGACGAGGACACGCUCAUCCGCAUCAUCGUCGGCCGCUCUGAGGUGGACCUGGAGACGGUGAAGGACAUGUACCUGGAGAAGUACGACGUCACCCUGAAGGAGGCUCUGGACUCCGAGUGCGGCGGAGACUUUAAACGCCUCCUCAUCCAGAUCCUGCACUGAAACGCUCGCAGCUUCAUCUACAAGCCUUAACAAACCCCUGGCCUCAUCCUCGUCACCCGUUCACCCGUUCACUCCACCGUUCCUCGUGUUCCACACUCAGUCGUCUUUACAGCAAGGACCAAAAACCGCUAGCAUUACAUUCAGUUCAAUCAUGACAUGUCAGUUUUUCUCUUCUUUGGUUCAAUGUAAAACAAAAAACACACUUUUGACAAGAAUCUCAUCUCAUAACUACGGAAGAGUAUUAGGGCCAUGCAGGAGAAAAGAUAUUUGAGAGGGGAAGAUUUUUUUUAUUGUGCACUUCGAGAAAAAUGUCGAAAUGUCGAGAUUAAUGUUGAAA